UUUAGUACAAUAUCAAUGCGUCACAGCCAAAAGAACCGCCCCUGGGACCUGGGAAAGGAAAGUGAAACACAGCAGAACACAAAGAUACACACAAAUAUAUUUGGUAGCUGGACGCCUGUUGUCUUUCCGCAGACUCGCUUGUUCAGGAUGUCUUCAGAGGAGGAUUUCUCUCUGGUCUCUGAAGAUGAUCCAUCAUUCACCCUUAAAUCCAUUCAGAAAGACAUCGAGAAACUGAAGGAAGUCCACGAUGACCUGGUGAAAGACUGCAAGUUUUUACAUGAAGCCAAAAACAGUAACAUAAAGUUUACUCAGGAGUUCCGACAACGAGUCGAUAUUACGAAAAGGCGUCUGGAGGAUGAGAAUAUGAGCCAGACCAAGGCACUGAAGAAAGAGGAGGAAAGACUGUCAGAACUACAAAAGGAGGAGAAAAAACUGAGUAUGGAGUUUAUGAAAAUCCAGCAGGAGCUGCAGACCAUGCACGAAACCCACCAGAGCUUGAAACAGCAGACUGAGGUGUCCACCGCAGUGCCAGAGAAGAAGGUUGUGUUUAACGGCGAGACGGCUCAAGAAGCUGAUGCGCUGAGCUUUGAUGUGAAACCUCAUGUCGUCUAUCCCAUGGAAGGAGGCACAGCAUUUAUCACCUUCGAGGAGGAAGAUGUUGCUGAGAAGAUAUUAGCUCUGAAGGAGCACGUGGUGCAUCUUGGGGAAUGUAGCAUCACUGUGCGGGCCGAGCCGGUGCAGUUUCUGGUCCCAGCCAGUGUUGAGAUGGACACUCAGGUUUGUCCUCAACGCAUCCUUAUCUCCAACUUGCCCAAGAAGGAGAACAUGGAUCGCAUCCUGGACAAGCUGGAGAUUCAUUUCUCCAAGUCGAGAUACAGAGGAGGCGAGGUGGAUGAAAUCGACAUACUGGAAGAUUCUGGCAACGUGGUCAUCAAAUUCAUAGACAGCAACAUUGCCAAGAGUCUUACAGAUAACCAGAUGCAUGAAAUUGAGCUGGACAAAGGGAAGAGACACAAGGUGAAAGUCACACCCUUCCUCAACGGCGAGAUCACACUUCUCAAGACGUGUAACACGACCUGCCAUAAGACUGUACUGCUGACAGGAAUCCCUGAUGUGAUGGAGAAGGACAACCUGCAAGACUUGCUGGAGAUCCACUUCCAGAAAUCUGCCAACAGCGGAGGAGAAGUGGAUGCAAUUGUCUACAACCCAGUGGGUGGCAGAACCCUCGCUGUGUUCGAAGAGGACAUGUCCAAACCUGAGCAGAACCAGUAAAGUGGACUAAAGCUAAAGCUAAUGUUUGGGAUUUAUGUAACAGACGUGUCCAUCAUAAUACUUUCCUGCCUUAUGAUGAUCAAUAAUUUAAAUAAUUUGAUUUGAACUUGGUUAGCAUGGUCACUCAGGACAAUGUCAGCUCUAUCAUAUAGAACGAGGGCAUAGGACUUCUAUUUCCUUGACAAUUUCAUGAAAAGGUAUGAAGCAGGUUUGGAUAGUUAAAGUAAAAUUGCUGUGGUUGUCGCUGACUAGCAUCCACGCUAAUCACAAAGAUAUUAAGCACAGUUUGAAUCAUUUACCUGAGACAUUUAUUUACCUUCAGUCUGUAAUUUGGGAAAGUGGGUUGUACAUGUAAAAGCUCAAAAGCCAUAAGCGAUUGAAAAUAAAGAAUUUUUCUUCUCAUCAUCAUCAGAUGAAGAA